CCUGCUAGCAAGAGGACUGUUCAGAAGUCACAAACCAUGGACAGCUCCUGCUGAAUUGAGGCGGUUGGUCAGUUCUCUUGCCUUCCACCCAGGCCAGGCCAGAGGAAAAUCUCAGAUAGGUGGCUACAGAGGUACAGGAGUCGCCUUCCACAUUGGGGUUGCUUUUCUCCGUGUUCGGAAUCCCUGCCAUUCUUGUAACCAUGGAGAGCAUGGUGGUGCUUGACUCUGUUGGUGUGGGAGACCUGGUGCUGCUGGAGCCGUUGACUGAAGACUCAUUGAUGCAGAACUUGAAGAAGCGCUUUGAACAUAAAGAAAUCUAUACAUAUAUUGGGAAUGUGGUGAUCUCACUGAACCCAUAUCAGCCGCUGCCCAUUUACUCAGCAAAAAUGGUGGAGGAGUAUAAGAACUGUAACUUCUUCGCUGUCAAACCCCACAUUUAUGCCAUUGCUGAUGACGCUUAUCGCUCAUUGAAAGAUCAGGACAAAGAUCAAUGCAUCCUUAUCACCGGGGAGAGUGGAGCUGGCAAAACAGAGGCCAGCAAGUUAGUAAUGUCCUAUGUGGCAGCCGUAUGUGGAAAAGGGGAGGAGGUGAAUCGUGUCAAGGAACAGCUGCUACAAUCAAAUCCUGUUCUGGAAGCCUUUGGGAAUGCCAAAACCAUCCGCAAUGACAACUCCUCCCGAUUUGGCAAAUACAUGGAUAUUGAGUUUGACUUCAAAGGUGAUCCUCUGGGUGGUGUCAUUAACAAUUACCUGCUGGAGAAAUCCCGAGUAGUGCAUCAUGUGAAGGGCGAGAGAAACUUCCACAUCUUCUAUCAGCUCCUAUCUGGAGGCUCAGACCAGUUGCUCAAACAGCUGAAGCUAGAAAGAAACUUCAGCCUUUAUAACUACCUCAACAAGGAGGGUGCAAGCCUGCAGGGCACCGAUUUUGCAGCCAACUUCAAAGCUGUUCAGGAUGCCAUGCGAGCCAUUGGCUUCACAUCCUCACAGAUGUCAGAAGUGCUGGAGGUGACCGCAGUCGUCCUCAAACUGGGCAAUGUGCAAUUUGGAGAGCAAUUUCAAGCUGGAGGGGCACAAUCUUGUGUUAUCCAGAGUGACAAAGUGGUACAAGAGAUCUGUCAGCUGAUCCAACUGGAUAAAACGAUACUGGAGCAAGCUUUGUCCUCUCGAACAGUGGAAGCCCAUCAGGAUAAGGUGGUGACAACCCUGAAUGUCUCACAAGGCUACUAUGUGCGGGAUGCCCUAGCAAAGAACAUUUAUAAUCGUCUCUUUAAUUGGCUUAUUAACAGGAUCAAUGAGAGCAUCAAAGUGGAAACAACUGAGCGGAAGAAAGUGAUGGGUGUUCUGGAUAUAUAUGGCUUUGAGAUUUUUCAGGAUAACAGUUUUGAACAGUUCAUUAUCAAUUACUGUAAUGAGAAGCUGCAGCAGAUCUUCAUCCUGCUCACAUUAAAGGAGGAACAAGAGGAAUACAUUCGUGAGGGCAUUACUUGGACCCAUGUGGACUAUUUUGAUAACAGCAUCAUUUGCCACUUGAUAGAAGAUAGCAAAAGUGGAAUUCUAGCUAUGUUGGAUGAGGAGUGCCUUCGCCCCGGGGAAGUGAAUGAAGAAACAUUCCUGAACAAACUUAACCAUGUCUUUGCAAAACACCAGCGCUAUGAGAGCAGAGUUACCCAGAAUGCCAAGCACAUCAUGGAUGCCAGCUUGUCUGCCAACUGCUUUCGAAUCCAACACUAUGCUGGCAAGGUAACUUACAAUGUGACUGGAUUCAUUGAGAAGAACAAUGACCUGCUCUUUCGAGACCUGUCACAAGCCAUGUGGAAGGCCAAGCAUGUCCUAUUACGCAGCCUCUUCCCUGAAGGAGACCCCCAAAAAUCCUCACUCAAGCGUCCACCUACAGCUGGUUCUCAGUUCAGAUCCUCUGUAUUCACCCUCAUGAAAAACCUCUAUUCCAAGAAUCCCAAUUAUAUCAGGUGUAUCAAGCCUAAUGAUAGCAAGAAGCCAGCUGUAUUCACUGAUGAGCUGGUCCGGGCACAAGUGCGCUACCUUGGGCUGUUGGAGAAUGUGCAGGUCCGGCGGGCUGGCUAUGCCUAUAGGCAGGCUUAUGAGCCAUGUCUGGAGCGUUAUAAGACUCUCUGCAAGGAGACCUGGCCACGUUGGAAAGGGAGUUCAAGGGAUGGUGUUCAAACCCUCUUGAACAGUUUGUCCAUUAACCCCAAAGAACUGGCAUAUGGACACACCAAGAUUUUCAUCCGAACCCCAUCCACGCUUUUUGAUUUGGAGAGGAGACGCCAGCAGCGAGUAGAGGAGUUGGCUGCCUUAAUCCAAGCAACUUUCCGAGCGUGGAAGUGUCGUAAACAUUACCAAGAGAUCCGCAGGAGCCAGAUCCUUAUUUCUGCUUGGUUCCGGGGCCAUACAGAAAGGAAGAAAUAUACAAAAAUGAAAACAUCAGCUAUUCUUAUCCAGGCCUAUGUCCGAAGUUGGAAGUCUCGUAAACUCCUGCGAGAGUUAAGGGAACAGAAAUGUCGCACUCAGGCUGUCACCACCAUUUCUGCUUACUGGAAAGGUUAUCAGACAAGGAAGGAAUAUAAGAAAUAUUUCCGUUCUGGGGCCUCUGAUCGUAUUGCCAAUUUUGUUUACCGAAGGCUGGUACAAAAAUUCUUCUUGGGCCUGAAGAACAACCUCCCUUCCAUGUCAGUGAUCAACCACACUUGGCCCCCUGCCCCGUACAAAUUUCUCACAAAUGCUAACCAAGAAUUGAAGAAAAUAUUCCACCAUUGGAGGUGUAAGAAGUAUCGGGAUCAGCUGCCCCCGAAGAAUAAAGAAGCCUUACAGGACAAGUUGUGUGCCAGUGAACUUUUUAAGGGGAAGAAAAGUUUGUAUCCUAAGAGCCUACCCCAGCCUUUCCAAGGGGAAUACCUUGGGUUGAAGGAGAACCCCAAAUAUCGUAAGCUCCAAACUACAGCCAACGACAAGCUGGUGAUGGCCGACCAUGUGAAGAAAGUCAACCGAGGUGAUGGGAAGACUUCUUCUCGAAUAUUCCUUCUCACCAAGAACCACAUCAUCCUGGCUGAUCCCAAGGCUGCUCAGCCCAAAACCGUGAUCGCCUUGACUGACGUUGAGAGUGUCUCUGUCAGUUGCUACUCAGACGGGCUUCUUGUUCUGCACAUUAGAGAGUCUUCCACAGCAGAUACCAAAGGGGACUUCCUCCUUAUUAGUGACCACGUGAUUGAACUGGUUACCCGGCUCCACCAAACCAUACUGGAGGCUACAAAGCAAAAACUGAAACUCCAAGUGGCUGAUGAAUUUCUGGUAAAGUUUAAACAAAGUAACAUCACUGUCACACUUGUGAAGACAGAUGAGAAGCAAGGCACAGCUCCUGUCUGCAGGAAGAAAGGCAGCAACAGAAUGGAGGUGCUGGUCCAUUAGAGCGAUGCUAUUGCUGGUCCAUAGGCAGCUACAUUGGACUUUUAGGGACUCUGGAGCUGAGAUUAUGAUUUAGAUUUGGCCCACUACAGGCUUCAGCCCCUUGAAGGUUUCUCAUUCCAUAAGAAUGUUUUCAGCAUGGGAGCAACAUGGAAUGCACCAAUU